AUGUUUACGGCACACAUACCUUCGUGCAAAGCUUCGUUCACAGAACUGGCAAGUGAAAUCUUUUCUCGGACAACCAUCGAUCAACUGGUAAACUGGGCCCGUCAAAGCUCCCUAUGGCCCCUAAGCUUCGGCCUCGCCUGCUGUGCCGUAGAAAUGAUGCAAGUCUCCAUGCCCCGCUACGACCAAGAUCGUCUCGGAAUAAUCUUCCGCGCCUCGCCCCGACAAUCGGACGUCAUGGUCGUGGCUGGCACGGUCACCAAUAAGAUGGGUCCAGCUCUGAGACAAUGCUAUGAUCAGAUGCCGGACCCGAAAUGGGUUAUCAGCAUGGGUAGCUGCGCUAACGGGGGUGGAUAUUAUCAUUACAGUUAUAGCGUUGUUAGGGGUGUGGAUCGAAUUGUUCCCGUUGAUGUUUAUAUCCCGGGUUGUCCGCCUACGCCGGAGGCAUUUUUGUGUGGUAUCUUCCAGUUGCAGAAGAAGAUGAGGCACACUAAGGUUACACGGAUGUGGUAUCGGCGGUAG